CCUUCGCAUUCUUUGGUUUGCCAACCCCCCUCGCUGUUCGAGUCGAUUUUCCCUUCACUCCUGUCGCUCUUGCCUACCGUCCAGCCACUCCGAGUAACUUUCAUAGCGUUGCCAAGCAGACAUCAGAUCACCAAGAUGUCUGGGAAAGGGGCCAAGGGACUAAUGGGAAAGGGGCCAGAGGGCCUGGACAAGCUAAAAGACAAAAAGAAGCCAAUUUCACGCUCUUCUAAAGCGGGCUUGCAGUUCCCCGUCGGACGCAUCCAUCGGCUGCUUAAGUUGAGAGUGGCCGCCAACGGCCGAGUGGGCGCGACAGCAGCAGUAUACGGCGCAGCAAUCCUCGAGUAUCUCACAGCGGAAGUUCUAGAGCUAGCGGGAAACGCGUCUAAGGAUUUAAAGGUGAAGCGUAUUACACCGCGUCAUCUUCAGUUGGCAAUCAGGGGAGAUGAGGAGCUGGAUACAUUGAUCAAGGGCACGAUUGCUGGCGGUGGUGUCAUUCCGCAUAUUCAUAAGUCGCUGAUUAACAAGCAAGGAGGCAAGAAGGAUUAACUGGAAAAACAAAGUAUCCUGCGGCGGUUAUUGGUUUGUCCCUCACGUCUCCCUUACACGCUGGAAGUGCUUGGUGGGGCACAUCCUAGCUAAUAGUUAUUUUAACCUUUGCUUUUGUUGUACGGUAUUGUCAUCCUAUUCUAACAGAAUGGUAUAGAUUUCCACAAGAGUGCCAUCAGUUGGCACUGGCUGACCCAUCCACAGGUACUUUAUCUAGGCCAAUGCAUGUUCCUGUGCUUGCUAAGCAGGUUGGGGAGUGCUUUGCCCUGGUGCUGCUAGUAGGAGAAUGUUGGAUCGAACCUCAGCAGCAUCCCCUGGAAGCUGCCAGAUGAGAUGAUCUGGCUGGAGGUGUUUUGACACCAUUCUAACUG